AUGUCGGGCGACGGCGCAGGAGCGCCUCCGCCGUGGAGGCGCAGGGCGUACUGGGUCUGUCCGUGCAAGGAGUGGAACUGGUGCGACAAGAGGGCGACCUGCAAGUCCUCUGGCGAGGCCUCCAGGGCCGCCUCCGCUGCCAGCACCGCCCCGAGCAGCGCACCCAACAGCAGGGUGCGGCCGCGGGGCGGAACCAAGCCCCCCCCGUGGCGUGAGGAGCGCGAGGAGCAGCCAGAGGAGCCCGCUUCGAGCCUGGAGCGCAGGCUUGAGGGAGCCCAGGCGCGCGUCUCCAGCCUCCGCGAGGCCGUCGCCAUGGGCGGGACCAGCGAGGCUUUCCAGCGUGAGGCCAGGGCGGCCCUCCUCGCAGCGGAGCGCGCUGCUGAGAGGGCCGAGGCGGAGCUCCGUGAGGCCCAGCAGCUCGGGAGGCCCCCCCAUGCUGUCCUCCACGGGGGUGCCAACGCUAUGCAGAAGGUCGAGAAGCAGAUCACCGCCACCAGGGCCAAGCGCGACCAGGCCGUGCAGCGAGCGGAGGCCCUCAGGGGGGAGAUCGCGGCGAAGCAGGAGGAGCUGGCCGAGGUCGAGUCUGCGGUCGAGGACUUCAACGGUCAGCUCGGCAAGCUCGAGGAGUCGAAGGCGCAGACGGUCCAGCAGGCCCUCCAGCGGGCCAUCGAGGUGUGCGGCGGCAAGCGCCCCCUCGAGACCGCAGUCGGGGGCCUCGUCAUGCAGGUCAACCAGUUGGGCGAGAUGCUUGGCCGUAGCUCGGAAGGCGUUGCACCCAGGCUCCUGGAGAUCAUGGACAUCAUCACCACGCAGAGCGCCGCCAUCUCGGACAUGCUCCGCCCUGCUGCGCCUGCCGCCGCUGCUGCCCGCUGGGCCGACGGCCCCGGCGGGGACGGGCUCGCCGUCGACAGGGCGUGCCCCGCAGUUGGGCCCUACGGGCCAGCUGCCGCCCGCGGGCAGUCGGGCGCAGCGCUCGGCGCUUGGCCCCAGCCUGGCCAGGCCGAGCGUAAGAUCCUGGUGGACGCCAGGGACGAGCACGAGGACUGCCAGGCCGCGCGAGUGGGCGGGGCCGAGCCAGCUGGCGAGAAGGCCGCCGUGCAGCUCCGUGCAGGCUUCGACGUGCUGGGCCUCAACGGCAACACGUGGGACCGCGCCAUGGAGGUGCUCGAGGCCUACAUUGCGCGGGAGGACGAGCGCCCGCACCUGGUCACGGUUCAGGAGGUCCGCCUUGGGCCUCGCCAGCUGGAGAACGCGCGCCGCCGUGCUCGCGGCUUGGGAUACGCGGCCUUCUUGCAUGCGGCUGCGCCCACUGGGCAGGCGGCCCUUGCUCAUUCGGGAGGCGUCGGGGUGCUGGUCCGCGAUGACCUCCAGGCGAGGGAGGCGCAGUGGCGAGUGCCAGGGGACUUCAGGCACCGCAUGGUCGCAGUCAGGGUAGCAUCGGCCUCGGGUUUGCAGUUUCUUGCAUGCUCCUUGCACCUGCAGGACGGCCUCGGGCCCAAAGGGGUCAACCUGGACAUCAUCGGCGGCCUGGGGGACCUGGUGCUGACCGAGGGGCUCCCGUGGCUCGUGCAGGGCGACUUCAACAUGGAGCCUGGGGCCCUCAACGAGCUCGGCUGGCCAGCCCUCCAGCGAGGUGCCUACCUUGGGCCAGCAGAGCCCACGUGCAUGGCGUCUGGCACUGAGCGGGUGUACGACUGGUUCGCGAGCUCGUUCUGCCUCUCCCACGGGGUUGCCAGCACCGCUGUUCUGGACGGCUACGCAUUGCACCCGCACAGGCCAGUCCUACUGCGGCUGCAGGACCUGCGGCCAGACGCACUGGUGCAGGUCCUAGUGAGGCCUGGCCGCUUCCCCGACGUGGAGGCCGCCAACUGCAGGGCCCACGAGGAUGCCGUCGUGCAGGUGUUUCGGCGCAGCGGUCGAGGGCAGUGGCAGGCCGAGCCGUGCACCUGGAGCUGGGAGGCAGGCGUUCUGCCCCACGACCUCCCUGCUGCGGUGUGCGAGUGGGUCGAGGCGGUCGAGGGCACGUUGGUCGGCAUCCACGACAUCCAGCCCGACGCACACAAGCGCUUCCUGGGUCGUGCCGCAGGGCCGAGGCGCGCCCUGAGGCCGAUGAGCGCGGUCGCGAAGCGUGAGUACCGCUUCCGCCACUCCGAGCUGACCCAUGCCAUUCGGCAGGCCCUUGAUCUGGCCCUGCAGAGGCUGGCCGCCGACAGGAGUGGGAGGUGGCGGCUGUCGCACGAGAGCUGGUACUCGCGCGAGGCGGUGCGCAUCUCGGGCCUCCUGGGGAUCGCCUCGGCCGCGGCCCGCGAGGAGGAGGAGGCGGAGCAGCUCGACUUCGACACCAGCGGGUGGAACGACCUUGUCGGCCAUGCAGGAGUCCUCGGCCACGUCGGCGCCAUCGCGGAGCUCCAGCGACGGCUCUACAGCUCGCAGCGGCGCGACGGGGGCAUCAGCUCCGCGCGGUGGCGAGCGCGGGCCAAGGUCGUCGACCCCGACACGGGCAUGCCGCUGGCAGGGAUGAUUGCUAUUGGUCAGCUCGAGGCCAACUGGCAGGCCCUCUGGCAGCAGGAAGGGUUCAAGGGAGGAGCCGACGUCUGCACCUGGGACGUCCAGGACUGGACCCUGCCUCCCAUCACGCUCGACAUGUUCCAGGCUGGCAGCCUCUUCCUGGACAUCGUGAAGUUCUACGAGAAUUUGCGGCACGACGUGCUCUGGAGCUGCGCCAUCGAGCACAAUUUCAAUCUUCGGUUGCUGAGAGGGCUGUUGGCCAUGUAUCAAGCCCCUCGCUUCAUCUGUUUCGCGGGCCUGGUCUCCGACGGCUUUUGCUCCCAAGGUACCGUCCUUGCGGGCUGUGCGUGUGCUACGACGCUGGCCAAGCUUCCGCUCCUCGGACCCCUUCGGGCCGUGUCCUCUGGAGGCCGCCUGCUCGUCAUGGGCAGGAACGUCGUCGACGACGUGGCCCUGCAGGCGCUGGGGACGCGCCGCCUUGUCGUGGAGCAGCUAGGAGGUGCGGGGGCCGAGAUGGCCCGACAGCUCGGCGCCAUGCACCUCCCGCUCAGCGCCAAGAAGUCCGUUUACCUCGCGUCCUGCUCUGGCCUCGCCCAGGAGCUUGGCGAGUACUGGGAGGCGCACGGCAUCAAGUUCGAGAGGGUGCAUCAAGCCCGCAACUUGGGCACCGACGCGAGUAUCACGAUGAGAGGAGUCCGUGAGGGGCGAGGGCGGGCGCAUGAUGCGCUCCAGCGGGCGCGGCGCCUACGUUGCCUACGAGCUGCAGGAGUCGAGGUGGACCUGAUCCACAAGGCUGGGCCUACUUCCAGUAUGGUCUGGGGACGGACGGUUACUGGCGUGGCGGACGGAGAGUUGCACAGUUGGCGCGUCACCGCGUGCCGCAGCGCUGGGCGGCUUCCCCGCGGCGCAGCCCUCGGCCUCAGACUGCGUUGCGCGGAGCUCCGCAGGGGCCGCGACCUGGACCCCUUCGUGCUGAUCACGGACCGCUCGCUCCAGAUGCUGGCAGGGCUCUUGCACUCGGGCGAGCUCUCCCUGCCGAUGCUCAGGGCCGAGCUCGAGGCGGCGGCGUCGCGGCAUGCGACAGCGACGGCGCCCUGGGUGCACUGCAGUUCCCCCAUCGAUGCAGCGGUCCUCGCCCUUGGCAGGAUCGGCUGGUACUUCAGGUCCGAGCGGUGCCUCAUCACGGACGUCGGGGACGAGCUGGACUUGACGUUGCUGGGGCCGCGCGAGCUCGGCAUCGAGGCUGGCCUUGGAGCGAGGCGCGCCUCGGACAGGCAUGAGAUGCUGAAGCUGGCCUACUCCUCGUCUGUGCAGGGCUCUCUCUUCUGGGACGCCUUCAGGGGGCUCAUCGGGCCAAGAGGGAAGUUCAACGAGCGCGAGAGGAACGGGCUGGUGGCUUACCUCACGAACGCGCACUGGCCGCAGGCGAGGCUCUGCAGCGCCCGCGAGAGCAGCCACGCCAGCUGCAGGUGCUGCGGAGCGGCUCGGGGCACCCUUUGGCACAGGUUGUUCGAGUGCCCCAUGCUUGCGGCCCAGCGGCGGGACUCGGUCUCACCAGCGCUUAUGAGGAGCGCUGUGCGGGUCCGCGCCCAGGGAGAGGCAGCAGGGGAGGACUUCGCUAGGUGUUGGCUGCCAGCGCCGCCUCCUCCUCAAGGGCCUCGCACGGACGCCAUGAGUGUCUGGUGGAUACGCAGGCCUCCCGACGACAGGCUCAAUGGCAAGUUGUACUUGGACGGCUCGGCGGUCGACCCGCAGUUCGGCUCCCUGAGGCGCGCGGGCUGGGCGAUUGCUCAGUGCGACGACGACGGCAACCUCAUCGCGGGCGUCUACGGGACCGUCAGGAGGGACCUCUGCCCGCAGCAGACAGCCCGCGACGGGGAGGACUUCGCGGUCUGGAUGUUGGUGAACUACGCGGGCCCUGCAGUCGAGGAGGUCAACAUCGACUGCAAUGGCACGGUCGAGUGCCUGCGCAGGGGGCUGGCCUAUGCGACGGGCCCGACGAAGGUCAACGCCCACCUCUGGAGCAGGAGCCUCACCGCCUUCGAGCCUGGCAGCUUCAGGGUGAACAAGGUGCCCGCCCACUGCAGCUGGCAGGCGGUGCUCGACGGGCGCCUCACGGAGGCGCAGAGGCGCGGCAACCAGCACGCCGACCGCCUCGCCAAGCUGGGAGCUCGGCUGCACGCUGCCGACGCCCAGACCGUGGGCGAGCACCGUGCCCUGGCUGGUUUCGUCCAGGAGCUGGCCCGGUGGGUGGGCCAGGCGGCCGUCAUCUGGCAGGACAUCGCGGAGAAGGACAGCGACGGGUUCCUCGAGUCCGACGAGAGGCAGCGGGUGAGGUUCGCCGACCAUGAGGAGCGAGCCGAGCCUCCCACUGCAGGCAGGCCGACGGCUCAGCAGCCGCGCGUGGAGAGCGCGCGCUCGGUGGCCAGUGCCGUCGGCCUCUCCAUCACCACGGCUGGCAUCUGCUACCUCGGCCACUCCCUGGCGUACGCUUGCUGCGACGUGGGCGAGGAGCCCCAGGAGCUGGUGGCCUGCAGCAGGUGUGGGGCCUACAUGGUCCUCGGCGGCCGCUCUGGAGGCCGCCCAAAGCUCAAGGAGCCAUGCAUCGGCGAGAGGGCCACUGGGCAGCGCAGCCAGCGCCGCCUCUGGGCCCGAGGGCUGCACCCAGGCGGGCGGCCUCGCGGAGGAGACCAGCCCCCAUCGGCCCAGGAGGCCUUCCUGGCCUGGCUGGGCCUCGAGGGCGAGGUGGUGGCGGGCGGCGGCCCGCGGGCCGCCUUGCUGGCCGCGUACGGCAUGGACGAGCAGGACCUCGCCGAGCGGGUGCUGGCCGCCAACUCCGCCGUGGAGGACCGCCGCGUCCGCCCGCGGCGCGGCCGCGGCCUGAGCCCCGUCGGCGAGGGCUCGGGCGAGUAG